AUUAAGACUGAAAUCAGGUCGAAAUGAUCCAAAAGUUGGACGCACAAGGGAGUUUCCCAGACAUCGGUAAGUGGGAUGAUGGAUCCGACCAUGAUGGUGUAUCAAAGAUAUAUAUAGGAUGUGGGAUUAAAGGCAUACGUUGUAUUUAUUUCGACUACGUCAAGAGUGGAAAAUCAAUAGAAGGAACACGCCAUGGUUUUCCGGUUUAUAUGGCUGAGAUUAACCUUCUAGAAAAUGAACAUCUUGAAUCUGUAAGUGGCACUUACGUGAAGGAUGAACAUAUUUAUUCACUUGUAUUCAAAAGUAACUUCAAGACUAUUGGACCUAUAAUGCCUAUGGACGAGAACAGUGUACCGGGGGAAACUAAGGAUUUUACACUAGCAGUCAAAGGGAAGAAGAUCAUUGGGUUUCAUGGUUCUUCGAUUUAUAUGGUCAAGUCUCUUGGAGCAUAUUUCACAUGGAUAACUCCAACUAGAGUGGAAGCAAAGGACGGAAAGGGAGGGAAAAAGUGGGAUGAUGAAUAUAACCAUGAAGAUGUAUCAAUGAUUCAUGUGCGAGGUGGUUAUGGAGGCAUACAAUCCAUCCAGUUUGACUAUGUAACGAAUGGAGAACUGAAAAAAGGGCCAGUCCGUGGUGUCUCUAACGGAGGUUUCACAUCGACGUAUGAGAUAAACUAUCUCAACGACGAAUAUCUAGUGUUCGUUGAGGGUUACUAUGAUGAUGGUUUAAGAGUCAUUCAAGGGAUUCAAUUCAGAACAAACAUAAGAACAUUUGAAAUGAUGGGAUAUGCCAAGGGUAGGAAGUUUACACUUGAAGACAAUGGAAACAAGAUAACUGGGUUUCAUGGAUAUGCAGACAAGAGGGCUCUUAUCUCUAUUGGAGCAUAUUUCACCCCCGCGACUCCUUGUUGUAAACUGGAAUGCAUUGGUCAACCUGGCGAUGGAUUAAGGUGGGAUGAUGGUGCUGGUUAUGACGGCAUUAGAAAGGUGUUCGUUGCUGCACCAGCUUGUAUAUUGUCUAUCAGGUUCGAGUACGAACACAGAGGCAAAGUAAUUAAGACUCGUUUCCGGGGAGAGUCUGAAGAAGAAGUAGAGUUUGUGAUCGAUUAUCCAAAUGAAUUUAUCACGUCUGUGGAGGGAUCAUUAGAAGGUAUUCGGGUUACCUCGUUGACAGUCAAAACAUCAAAAGGGAGAACAUCUCCGAAAUUUGGAUUUCGUGUGACUAGCGACAAAUUCGUGCUGGAGAAACCAGGUCAUGUCCUUGUGGGCUUCCAUGGAAGCUCAGAUUAUUAUCUUCUUGCUCUUGGUGCAUAUUAUCGCCCGCUGCCUCCUCCUCCUGAUACGGUGAAAAUAGAAGAAGAAGGUGGUGAUGGAGGAGAUUAUUGGGACGACGGUGGUGCUUUCAACGGUAUUAGAAAGAUAUACAUUGGACUAACCGAAAACAAUACUAUAGAUGAUCAUGGGAACAAGUCCGUGCUAUAUGAUCUCCAAGAGUUAACGCUUAGUGAUCCUGCGGAAUAUCUCACAUCAGUGGAGGGUGACUAUGAUGAUGAAUCCGGAGUUAUAACCAUGCUUAAGUUCACUACCAACAACAACUCUAGGGUUUUUGGAUUCAGUACAACAACAAGUUUUAUACUCCACAAAGAUAAACAUAAGAUCGUUGGGUUUCAUGGAAAAUCCAGCAACAUGCUUCAUCAAAUUGGGGUCCAUGUUCUGCCCAUUCCAUGA